UUCAUUGUUAAGAAAGUUGAAUAUACAUCUGAAACUGAAAAAAGUAAUGUUCUUUUUUCAUCUACUUAAGUAGCACUUUCUCUUAGCUAAAAAUAUCAAUGUUCUUUGAUAUUCGCCUCAUCAUAGAUAGCAGUUUGCAAGUUGUAGUGUUUUAGACUUUUACUUGCUUAGAUGGAGGGGAGUGAUAUAUAUAGAGCAAGGAAUAGUUUACGUGCUAACAGUUCUACAGUUUGGAGAAACAGUAUAAUGGAGGCUUUUUCAAGGUCCUCGCGGCAUGAAGAAGACAACGAUGAAGAAGCUCUGAAAUGGGCUGCACUUGAGAAACUCCCCACUUACAACCGUUUGAGGAAAGGGUUGUUGACCACUUCGCGUGGAGUCGCCAACGAGAUUGAUAUAACUGAACUUGGAUUUCAAGAAAGACAGAAACUGUUGGACAGGUUGAUCAAUGUUGCUGAAGAGGACAAUGAGACGUUACUAUUGAAGCUCAAGGAACGAAUUGACAGAGUUGGGAUUGAUAUUCCAACAAUUGAAGUUCGAUAUGAGCAUUUAAAUGUUGAGGCAGAGGCUUACGUGGGAAGCAGAGCUUUGCCAACCUUCCUGAACUUCGUUACUAAUAUGGUGGAGAGUUUCUUUACUUCUCUCCAUAUUCUCUCAGGCAAAAAGAAACAUGUUACUAUCCUUAGGGAUGUUAGUGGAAUCAUCAAACCUCGCAGGAUGGCACUACUUCUGGGUCCUCCAAGUUCAGGAAAGACCACACUCCUUUUGGCCCUUUCAGGAAAACUUGAUCCAACUCUAAAGGUGUCAGGGAGAGUGAAUUAUAAUGGGCAUGAAAUGAACGAGUUUGUUCCUCAGAGAACAGCUGCAUACAUUAGCCAGCAUGAUGUUCACAUUGGAGAAAUGACAGUGAGGGAAACCUUGGCAUUCUCAGCAAGGUGCCAAGGGGUUGGAACACGUUAUGACUUGCUAUCUGAGUUGGCUAGAAGAGAAAAAGAAGCAAAGAUCAAGCCAGACCCGGAUAUUGAUGUCUACAUGAAGGCAGCUGCAACAGGAGGCCAGGAGGCAAGUUUGGUAACAGAUUAUGUACUGAAGAUUUUGGGGUUGGAUAUAUGUGCUGAUACAAUGAUGGGGGAUGAAAUGUUGCGCGGUAUAUCUGGAGGACAAAGGAAGCGGGUUACUACAGGGGAGAUGUUGGUUGGACCAGCAAAUGCUCUAUUUAUGGAUGAAAUAUCAACUGGUUUAGACAGUUCCACAACUUUCCAAAUUGUGAAGUCACUUAGGCAAUAUGUUCACAUUCUUAAUGGAACUGCAGUUAUCUCUCUACUCCAGCCAGCACCGGAGACUUAUGAACUUUUUGAUGACAUUGUUCUUAUAUCUGAUGGUCAAAUUGUCUACCAAGGACCCCGUGAGUAUGUUCUUGAAUUUUUUGAAUAUGUGGGUUUCCAAUGUCCUGAGAGGAAAGGCGUAGCUGACUUUCUACAAGAAGUAACUUCAAGAAAGGAUCAAGAGCAGUAUUGGAUUCACAGAGAUGAAUCAUACAGGUUUGUAACUGUUACUGAAUUUGCUGAGGCAUUUCAGUCAUUCCAUGUUGGUAGGAGAAUUGGAGAAGAGCUUGCAACUCCUUUUGACAAGUCCAAGAGCCACCCAGCAGCAUUAACCACUAAAAAGUAUGGUGUUAACAAGAAGGAAUUGUUAAAGGCUAACUUCUCAAGAGAGUAUUUGCUUAUGAAAAGGAAUUCAUUUGUUUACAUCUUCAAGCUGUUCCAACUUACAAUCCUGGCAAUAUUGACCAUGACAAUGUUUCUGCGAACUGAGAUGCACCGUAAUUCCUUGAAUGAUGGAGGUGUUUAUACUGGUGCUCUAUUUUUCGCAGUAGUAAUUCUUAUGUUUAAUGGACUGGCUGAGAUUUCAAUGACCAUUGUAAAGCUUCCCAUUUUCUACAAGCAACGAGACCUUCUAUUUUAUCCUUCAUGGGCAUAUGCCAUUCCCUCAUGGAUCCUCAAGAUUCCUAUUACAUUUAUAGAGGCUGCUGUUUGGGUAUUUCUCACCUACUAUGUAAUUGGAUUUGAUCCAAAUGUUGGGAGGUUGUUAAAGCAGUACCUUGUGCUACUAUUGAUAAACCAAAUGUCUUCUGGAUUGUUUCGAGCUAUUGCAGCACUGGGUAGGAACAUGAUUGUAGCCAGCACAUUUGGGUCCUUUGCACUUCUCGUUCUAUUUGCAUUAGGUGGCUUCGUUCUGUCAAGAAAUGAUAUCAAGAACUGGUGGAUUUGGGGUUACUGGAUUUCACCUUUAAUGUAUGGACAGAAUGCAAUAGUGGUGAAUGAAUUCCUUGGAGAUAGUUGGAACCACUUCACCCCAAAUUCAAAUAAGACGUUGGGAAUUCAAAUUUUGGAGUCCCGUGGGUUCUUCACACAUGCAUAUUGGUAUUGGAUAGGAAUUGGGGCGUUGAUUGGAUUUAUGAUCCUUUUCAACAUUAUAUACACUUUGGCUCUCACUUACCUCAAUCCAUAUGAUACGCCACAGACAACAAUAACUGAAGAAUCAGAAAGCGGUAUGACUAAUGGGAUAGCAGAAAGUGCUGGAAGAGCUAUUGCUGUUAUGAGUUCUAGCCACAAAAAGAAAAGAGGAAUGAUUCUUCCUUUUGAACCAUAUUCUAUCACAUUUGAUCAAAUAGUUUACUCUGUUGAUAUGCCACUGGAAAUGAAGGAUCAAGGUGUAAGGGAGGACAGGUUGGUGCUUUUGAAAGGUGUUAGUGGUGCAUUUAGGCCUGGUGUUCUCACUGCCUUGAUGGGUGUAAGUGGUGCUGGUAAAACUACAUUGAUGGAUGUUUUAGCCGGAAGGAAAACUGGUGGGUAUAUUGAGGGAAACAUAAAAGUUUCUGGCUACCCCAAAAGGCAAGAAACGUUUGCUCGUAUUUCUGGUUAUUGUGAGCAGAACGAUAUCCACUCUCCUCAUGUUACUGUCUAUGAGUCGUUGGUCUACUCUGCAUGGCUUCGUUUACCUGCAGAAGUUGAAGCCUACACUAGAAAGAUGUUCAUUGAGGAAGUCAUGGAACUCGUGGAGUUGAACCCAUUGAGGAACUCACUGGUUGGCUUGCCUGGUGUGAAUGGUCUCUCAACAGAACAACGCAAGAGGCUAACAAUAGCAGUUGAAUUAGUGGCUAAUCCGUCCAUAAUUUUCAUGGAUGAGCCUACUUCAGGGUUAGAUGCUAGGGCCGCUGCAAUUGUUAUGAGAACUGUUAGGAACACAGUUGACACAGGAAGAACAGUUGUUUGCACCAUCCAUCAGCCAAGCAUUGACAUAUUUGAAGCUUUUGAUGAGUUAUUCCUAAUGAAGCGGGGAGGGCAAGAAAUAUACGUUGGGCCAUUGGGACGUCAUUCUAGUCAAAUGAUCAAGUAUUUUGAGAGCAUUGAAGGGGUUGGUAAAAUCAAAGAUGGCUACAACCCGGCAACUUGGAUGUUGGAAGUCACAACUCCAGCACAAGAACUUAAUUUAGGUGUUGAUUUUCAUGAAAUAUACAGAAAUUCUGGGCUGUGCAGGAGAAACAAGCGACUUAUAUCUGAACUAGGGAACCCCGCUCCUGGUUCAAAAGAUCUUCAUUUUCCUACUCAAUAUCCUCAGUCACUUUUGGUUCAAUGCCUAGCUUGCUUAUGGAAACAACAUUGGUCAUAUUGGCGCAAUCCGCCAUACACUGCUGUGAGAUUUCUAUCAACUACUGUCACAGCCGUGUUGUUUGGAACAAUGUUCUGGGACCUUGGAGGCAAAUACUCUAGCAGACAGGACCUAUUUAAUGCCAUGGGUUCUAUGUAUAAUGCUGUUCUCUUUGUUGGGGUCCAAAAUUCUGCCUCUGUACAACCAGUGGUAGCCAUUGAAAGAACUGUCUUUUAUAGAGAAAGAGCUGCCGGAAUGUAUUCUGCCUUGCCUUAUGCACUUGCACAAGUUAUAAUAGAGCUACCUUAUGUUUUUGUGCAAGCUACAUCAUAUUCUGUCAUAGUUUAUGCUAUGAUGGGAUUUGAAUGGACAUUACAGAAGUUCUUUUGGUACGUGUUUUUCAUGUACUUCACAUUGUGCUACUUCACCUUCUAUGGCAUGAUGACUGUGGCAGUUACACCAAAUCACCAUGUCGCUUCAGUUGUGGCUUCUGCAUUUUAUGGAAUUUGGAACCUCUUUUCAGGGUUUGUCAUUGCACGACCAAGCAUUCCUGUGUGGUGGAGGUGGUACUAUUGGGCAUGUCCAGUGGCCUGGACCAUAUACGGGUUGGUUGCCUCGCAGUUUGGGGAUAUAACCAAUGUGAUGAAAUCAGAAAAUAUGUCAGUGCAAGAGUUCAUAAGAAGUCAUUUGGGUAUCAAACAUGAUUUCGUAGGAGUUUCAGCAAUUAUGGUUUCUGGGUUUGCAGUGCUAUUUGUUAUUAUUUUUGCUGUCUCAAUCAAGGCCUUCAACUUCCAAAGGCGAUAGAUUAGGCUCCUUUUGCCAACACGAGUGAUCCUUCAUGUUUUUCUAAGAUUUUUUUUUCCCACAUUAUUGUAUCCUAUUUGUCAUAUUCAUGCACCACUUGUCGAUAAUAUGUCACUUUUGUAUCAUCAGACUUAGUUAUGCAUUAACAUUUUUCUUAAAAAUCUUCUCA